CGAAAGUUUUUCUGGAGUCACCAUCAUGACCCUCCUGGCAGACACGUACAAACUGUGCUGUCCACAACUCCAUCGAUCUCCAAUAAAUUGCCAAGCGCCGGUGGAUCCCUUCUCGACUUGCUCAGACUUGAUUGGCGGUUUAUACAUGCGCGUCUUGUUGUGGGCCAUCGGUGUCACUGCAUUCCUGGGGAACCUCGUUGUCUUUAUUACCCGCCUUCUUCAUCACAGGCCACCAGUGAGAAUGGCGUACUGGUAUUUUGUAGCUCACCUGCAUAUAGCUGAUUUUCUAAUGGGCGUUUACCUUUUGCUCAUUGCCUCAGCUGACGUUUACUACAGAAAUGUUUACUUUUUUCACGGAGCUGGUUGGAAACACGGCCCCGUUUGUAAACUUGCAGGAUUUCUGUCCACUGCGUCUAGUGAAAUUUCAAUGUUCUUUAUUUUACUCAUUACUUUGGACAGAUUCCUGGUUAUCAAAUUUCCUUUGGGCCAAUACCGAAUAUCUGGCAGAUAUAUUCAUGUGCUCAGUGCUUUGGCCUGGCUGCUCGGUCUGUCUAUUGCCAUGUUGCCCUUUUUGCCACCAUUCCAACACUGGCACGCGUAUAAUUUCGACGGUGUCUGUCUCGGUUUGCCUCUUGGCGACAGUUCUGUCCCAGGCUUCCAGUUCUCUCUGGCUGUCUUUGUCUUUCUCAACCUGUUUCUCUUCCUGCUCAUCGCCGUCGGCCAGCUGGUUAUCUACAGGGCGUUAGCCGAGGUGAGGAAGAGCGUGGCCAACCAAACGAGCAGCUCCGCCAUGAGACGAGCUCAGGACGUGGAGAUAUCCAGGAGACUUUUCCUCGUGGCUGCCACAGACUUUGCCUGCUGGUUUCCUGUAGGAAUUAUGGGACUGAUCUCCAUGGCAGGACAUCAGCUGGGAUACCAGUUCUACGUAUGGUCGGCGAUUCUCAUUGUGCCCAUUAAUUCAGCCAUAAACCCAUGUAUGUAUAAUCUUGUUUAUAUUAUAAACACUGUAAAUAGUGUCUUUAGAAAUCAUUUAAAAUGUUUAAAGUUAAAACAACAUAAUAACUCGUCGACAAGAAAUGAGGCAGCACCUAUAGAUUGA